UGCAAAGAGUGACAUUGACUCCAUCAUUGCAAGUUUAUUUAAACACGACUGCAGCAACACACAACACCAUGUGUUGUACUUGCGUAUCCCCUUGGUUGAAAUGAAGCCAUUGAUAAAUGGAAAGGAAGUUGGCGGGGGCAAUAUGGUGGAAAAACAAAGCUUGGCGGAUGUGAAAGCGCUCUGGGACGCGUGGGAGAUCCACUGCCUGAUCCUCAUGAGCCUUUUCCUUCAAGUCUUCCUCUUCCUCACGGCGGGCAUGCGGAGGCGCAGCGCGUCGCGCGUCCUGAGCACGGUCCUGUGGCUGGCCUACCUGUCGGCCGACUCGGUGGGCAUCUUCGUGCUCGGCCACCUCGCGGUCCGCGCGAGCGAGGCGCGCCACCAGCUCAUGUCCUUCUGGGCGCCGUUCGUGCUCGCCCACCUCGGCGGGCAGGACACCAUCACCGCCUUCUCGAAGCAGGACAACGAGCUGUGGAAGCGCCACCUGCUGAGCUUGGUCACCCAGGUAGCGGUCGCCGGGUACGUCGUGGUCAAGGCGUCUUGGCCGGACCGCAGGCUCAGGGCUGCCAUGGUGAUCAUGUUCCUCUCUGGGUCCAUCAAGUACGCUGAGCGUACCAUUUGCCUUUUCAUGGCGAGCCCAGCGAAGCUCAGGUCGCACGCCCUGGGUCAAUUGAGAUCCAGGCUAAGUCAGCUGAAAGUCAGCAAAAAGAAAGAUCGCUCCUCUUACGAGGUAGCCAGAAAAGACAUAAGUGAAGAAUUUGAUAUGCUGUCGAAAGAUAUGCUGUCGAAAGACAUAAUCGACGGAAGGGCCGAUGAUAUCUUGUCGGAUGCUCCCCUUAAUGAUUAUUACAGAAAUUUAGUUGCAGACGAUCUACCAGGCAUGCUGACGGAUUUUCUGUCUAGAGUAGGCCGCUGUGCGGUCUAUGAAUAUGUGGGCGCAUGUCUGGUAAAUGCCUACCAAAACCUCUACACCAAACAACCACUUCGAAAAUACCUCUUCUCUUUAUUUUGGGACUUGGUCCAAGAUCCUUUUGAUUGUUUUGGUUCUUUAGCUCCACUUUGUAUAGCCACCUUCCUCCUGCUAUUCAUCCUCUUCCAUUAUGUUUCAACCCCGAUAGCCCUUGUGCUCUUCUUGGCCGCCAAAAAGGGGGACAAACUCCAUACUAGCAGAGCCGAUAUCACCGUGACCUACAUAUUGCUUGUUGGAGCAAUAGUCCUCGAUGUGUCCUCUAUCAUCAUGGUCAUUCUUUCCGAGGUGGAAUCCAAUCUUCCGGCCGGAAUCUUGCGUGUAGCCAACUACAUUCGGCCUGCAUGGAGUAGAAAACAGUGGUCCGAAGAGCUAGCACAAUACAGCAUGAUCAGGAGGAAGCCAACCAUACGGCUAUGGAAGCGCUUGGGUGAUAAAGAUCACACACCCAUCAAGGAGUUCGUCCUCGACAAUUUGUUGCGCUCCGGAAUAAGUAAAGAAUGGCACAUUGCCAGCUCCCGUGGCCAGCUAGCGCUUCAGAAGCGGAUUCAGAUUCUGAAUCAGGGUUCAGAUUCUGCAAGGCCGGGAAAAGAAGUACUAGACAAUAGCAUCAGAGUAGAUUUCCCAACAAGCGUGCUCAUCUGGCACAUUGCAACAGACAUAUGCUACUACUGUGGAGACAACGCCAGCACUGAUUCUGAUCAAAUGAAGAAGGAUAAGCAGGUGAGCAGAGAACUAUCAAAGUAUAUCAUGUACCUUGUCUUCAAGUGCGGUGUGAUGCUUACUACCAAUUCACAGUAUGUACAUGACAAAGCUCAGGGUGAAAUUAGUAGAAGUUUGUCACAUCAACAGGUUAAUCUAGUUGAGAAGGAUGCUGUCAUUAAGGUUUUUGAAGACAACAAGAAAAAAGAAAAGCAAGAUCACUCGACGGUUGAAAUCCAGGGGAAUGAAGAACCGGCCGACAACGAGAAUGCUGCUCACAAUCAUGUGCAGAAGCUCGUGCAGAGCGCUGAAGCUCUUGAUUCUCCAGUGCUACCCCGUGCAUGUGAGGUGGCCCAGGAGCUCAUUCGCAUCAACGAUGAAGCUGACCGUUGGCGCCUCAUCGCCGGGAUAUGGUUGGAGAUGCUCUACUACAUUGCGCCUCGCUGCGGGGGUGAUUUCCACUAUGAGCAUCUAAGCACCGGUGGGGAGUUCAUCACCCAUGUUCUCCUUCUCAUGAAGAUACUGGGCCCUUUCCUACCACCCCCUGCUGCUUGAGCUUCAUAAGCCGUGCUAUGUUGUCUAACCUUAUAAGCAGGCAAGGCCAUCCUCUGAUUGUAUAUCUGUCA